GUUUGAGCGCAAUAAGGGUUGUCGUCUUUCUCUCGCAAGCAAAGAUUGAGCGGUCAGAGUGCGUGAAGGGAGAGGAGAUGGCGGGGCAGUCAGUGGACAUCAUGGCGAAGGUGCUGGAGCAGCAAGUUCUGCAGUCGGCGCGGAUGGUAGAGGAGCAGCUGGACGCCGAGUUGGAGAAGCUGGAGAAGAUGGACGAGGACGAGCUGGAAAUACUUAAGGAGAGGAGGCUGGAGGCCCUCAAGAAAGCCCAGAAGCAGAAGCAGGAGUGGCUUUCAAAAGGCCAUGGUGAAUAUAGAGAGAUCCCCAGCGAGAAAGACUUCUUCUCCGAGGUGAAGGAGAGCAAGAAUGUGGUUUGCCACUUCUACAGGGAUUCCACCUUCAGGUGUAAAAUUUUAGACAAGCACCUGUCUGCCCUGGCCAAGAAGCACCUGGAGACGAAGUUCAUCAAGCUGAACGUGGAGAAGGCGCCCUUUCUGACGGAGCGACUGCGUAUCAAGGUGAUCCCUACCAUGGCGCUGGUGAAGGACGGGAAGACCAAGGACUACGUGGUGGGCUUCACCGACCUGGGCAACACGGACGAGUUCUCCACAGAGGUGCUGGAGUGGCGGCUGGGCUGCUCUGACAUCAUCAACUACAGUGGCAACCUAUUAGAGCCUCCCACAACCGGUCAGAAGUCAGGGUCAAAGUUCAAAAAAGUGGACAAGAAGACGAUCAGGGGGAAGGGCUACGACUCGGACUCCGAUUCCGACGACGAUUAGAGAACACUGCCGACUUCCUCCGUUCUCAAUUCCUCUCAGGACUUCCUUUUCACAGUCCUCAGUUUCAGACCUGCAAUUCCAAACAAGCUGACCGAAACUCAACCCAUGUGUCUGUUCCUUUGCCUUUAAUUUCUCUCCACCUAUCAAAGUUCUUGUUUCAUCAUUAACGUCCAUUUGUCACUGCACCAUUAAUUUUUUCCCUUUUGUACUGAUGAGCAAUUGUCAUGCGUGGGCUAGAUUUAGAGUGAAUCUCAUAUUCCUCCUUUCAGGCUGAGUGCAGGCAUGGGAAGUAAUUAAUGCCUUGUGUGAUUCCAGCAACACUUACCUGAAUAUUCCAUUUUCCAAUAAUAUUUUCUACAGUAAACCUAGGGACUGGUUUUCCCUCCAAGUCACUAUGGCUGUGGGGUCCAGGUAUUUGAUUUUUAAAUUUAAUCUGCCUCUUGGCUCCAUCACCUGUAACCCAAUAACUUGAGGUGGACUUUAAUAUGAAUAUUUAAUUAGAAAUCGCUGUUUAAAAACCACCACUGUCUUUCAUACUUUGUUU